UACAGCAGCUGGGAGCAUUUUACCACGUGAUUCGAGAGAUGUUAGAGAGCAGCCAUCACCGUUUCACCUAAUUCAUGUCCAGCCCGAAAUGGCAAAAGGUAAGACGACAAGGAAGCAGAAAACUAUGAUGGAGUAGGUGAAGACUGCAGCCUCUCCCGGACUCAUCUGCUCUUCUGUUUCGCUGCCUUACAACCUAACAAGGCAUCAAACAGGUCUGAACUUGACUGUCUGCAUCAAGUGACCCAGGAGCAUAAACCUGCUUGUUGGGCUGCAGGAGCACAGUGGAGGAGAGGGUCCGAGGCUGAUUACUCCCCCCAUUUGUCUUUGAGGAGGGGGGAGGAAGAGGAGGAGGAGGAGGAGGAGGAGGAGGAAGAAGGAGCUGCUGUAACCACCCAGAGCAUGGGGCAGAAAGUCCCAGGUGGCAUUAAAACCAUUGAUAUGCGGGAUCCGGCGUUCAGUCCCCUGAAGCUGGAGCUGCAGGCCCUGAGUCAAACCAAGCCAUCUCGACUGGAUCUGCUGCUUGACAUGCCAGCUGCCAGCCUGGACAUCCAGGUCCAGCACUCUUGGAACAAUGAUGACCGCUCCCUGAACAUCUUCGUCAAGGACGACAACAAGCUGGUGUUCCACAGGCACCCUGUGGCUCAGAGCACAGACGCCAUCCGGGGCCGUGUUGGCUACACGAGGGGACUGCAUGUGUGGGAGAUCAGCUGGGCUAUGCGUCAGAGAGGCACUCACGCUGUUGUCGGGGUGGCUACAAGUGAUGCCCCGCUGCACUCAGUGGGCUACACCGCUUUGGUAGGAAGCAAUGCUGAGUCCUGGGGCUGGGACCUGUGCAGGAGUAAACUCUACCACGACGGCAAGAAUCACCCAGGAAAAAGCUACCCAGCCUUCCUCGAGCCAGACGACACUUUCAUAAUACCAGACUCCCUCUUAGUCGUCUUGGACAUGGACGAGGGCACUCUGGGUUAUGUAGUGGAUGGACAUUAUCUGGGGGUGGCGUUCAGAGGACUUAAGGGCAGAAAGCUGUACCCAGUGGUGAGCGCCGUGUGGGGACACUGUGAAAUACGAAUCCGGUACAUAAAUGGACUUGAUCCUGAACCCCUCUCUCUGAUGGACCUGUGUAGACGUUCGGUGAGGGUGGCAUUAGGAAGAGACCGUCUGAGUGAAAUCCAUAGACUGCCCCUGCCAGCCUCUCUCAAGAACUACCUGCUCUACCAAUGACGCCGCUGUCAGUCACAACACACACUCGGCACACCCUCAUCUAUCUCUAUCUCUCUUGUGUUUCUCUGGGAUCCUUCUUCUGUUGAACCUGUCUGACAACAUUGCUCAAGCCUCCAGGACUGAUUCAGCCUUCAGCAAGUAUGCUUCUGUCACUGGCUGGACACCAUGAGUUUCUUAUUCUGUUUUUAUGACUUUUUGCAAUUGUACUAUCUAACUUUAUAAAAUCAGGAAUCACUGAGCACUAUGCACAUGCUGAUCCCGACGAUGCCCUGACAGUCACCGUGUUGGUGUUGCUCUUCCAGUUUGUAUGUUAAUGUGGUGGAAUAUGUGGUUGGUAUCUUUGCUGUGACUGUGUGCUCUGACUCUCUAUCUCGUAGCUUUUUAAAUAUGAAUAUUAUUGAUUGUGCUAAUGAAAAAUUGUGUGACAGAAAUUAAACUUUCAACAUUGGUGCAGAAGUUCACUGCCUGUAUUUGACCACAAGGUGGCAGCACUCACACGUGAGCCUUUAUAUCCUCUUAAAAUGAGAAUUAUAACAUGAAGUGCUAGUUCCUUUAAGGAUUUUAAAUGAGUUUAAAAAAAUGGCAGUUCACACAACACAGACAGAAGAUGCUGUUAUCUCCACAGUGAGCCUGUAGUGCAGUGUGGAUGUAUUCACUGUGAGGCAGCUGAGGAGCAGCUCCAACCACACACUGCACUAUCCGGUUUCCCUGUGAUACGGAAGUGUGCUCCACAUUGCUUAUGUCAAGGCAUCCGAAAGGAACAUCAUCAGCAGAAAUUUUAACGGAAGGAUUAUGUCACUGUGAUUAUUUGUAGCAUGCAUCUGCAGGAACUUUUUCUCAACACAAUCAUCACAAUCUUUUUUUGUUUGUUUGUUUUUUAAAAAAAACUUUUCUGUCACGCCUGCUUUUUGUAGUACAGUAGUUUCAACCACAUGCUGUCGGGACCCAAGAGUGCUGCGUUUUAAUUGUUUUAAAUUAAAUCAGUCUCUUCCAUCUUUGGAUUUCACCAGUUUGCAUUAACCAAUGAAAUAGCCAUUGAAUUUGUUCGCUGGGAAGAAAACCUCUACUCUUGGGUCUCGCUGGCAUAUAGCUGAGAACCAUUGAUGUAGUGUUUGUGGUUUUUGACAUGUAAAGGGGGUUCAGGAAACAGACUGUGUUGGUGAACGCCGUUGUUCGCAUGUAAGGCACCAUGAUGACAGAAAAAGACAAUCCACAAAGUGCUGCACAAAUGUAAGAAAACAAGGCCAGAUUGCCAACAUAUUGUCAAAUGCCAUAUCAUAGAACUGUUGACUCUAGUAUUUUUAAAUGUGCAGACUUGGUCCUUAUUCAGCACUGUUGAUAUGGACAAACUGUGCCACACCUUAAUUUCCCUUGCUUGCAGCUAUCGUUUUAUUUGUAUUCCUUGUCGUAGAUUUGUUUGUAAGUAUCUAUUAAAGUUUAUUUCAAAUUA